AUGUCCUCCAACGUAGGCCUCUCCACCCCGCGCGGCAGCGGCACCUCCGGCUACGUCCAGCGCAACGCUGCGCUCCUGAAACCCCGUUCUACCGGCGUCGGCCAGCCAUAUUCCAAAGACACGGCGCCACGCCAACGGAAGCCAGACGCCAACAUCCUCGCGCACGACCGCCUCAGAGAGAUAGAAGUCCAGGUGUUGGAGUUACGGGAUCGGCUGGAGGAGGAAGCCGAGAAGGCGGAAGAAGAAGGGAAGGAGGGAAUGGAUGAGGAAGCAAUCGACGAGGCGUGCGAGAAGGAACGUGAACGCUUAGUCAAGGAGAUGGAGCAAAGAGGAGGCAGAGGAGGAAGCAGCGGUGGUGGGCGACUGAAGAGCUAUCAAGUGCACGAGCUGGCGGAGGCGAAGGCGCGGGAGAGUGAGAGGCUGCGGAGGGCCUUGGGGCUGCGAGGGGAUGAGGUGGGCGGGAAAGAUGGAGAUGGCGGGGAGCACCCAAUGGCACGGCAGGAGAGGAGGCGGGUUGAGAAGGAGCAGCGGGAGAUGGAAGGCGGUGGGAGCGUCAGGCGAGAUGACAGGUGA